AUGUCUCAGUCUCAGCUACCCUUGCCAGAUGGUUGGAUCCAGGAAUAUGAUUCUCAACAGAAGCACCCAUUCUGGGUUGAUACAACGGCAAAGCCACCACGAGCAAUAUGGGUGCACCCCUAUGAAGACGAGCAGUUCCUUUCUGAGAAUCCAGAUAUCAAAGCAAAAGUAGAGAAGCUCAAAGGAGAAUCUUUGGAAGAUCCCCCUCCGUACGAAAAGCGACGUCAUUCAUUCAGCGGGGGAGAGGCGGCCGGCCCACUUCACACCAACGCCAAGUCUUCCGGGAGUGCAGUCUCGCCAUCAAUCGACGAGCGCAAUGAGGAGCGAAAGCGUGGGAUGUUCGGGAAGCUGAAAGAUAAGGCUAUUGGUACGAAGGAAGAGCGCGAGGCACACAAGAAGCAAAAAGCUGAAGAACGUGCGCGUGAGGAAGAACUGCGUCAUGAGGCACGGAGACGAAAUUUGGAGGAACGUGCUGCGUACAUGCAGCAACAUGGUGGUUAUCCGCCGUACGGUGGUUAUGGUUACCCAGAUUACUCGGGCGGCUCUUAUGGUCAGAGUCGAUAUGGCCCACCUGCAGGAGACCCAUAUGGAUACAAUGAAGGUCGGUAUGGAGGAGCGUCUAGAAAUCGGCGUGGAGGGUUUGGAGGGGGAAUGGCAUUACCUUUAUUGGGUGGAUUGGCAGGUGGACUUUUACUUGGGGAUAUGCUUGACGGAGGGUUUGGCGGAGGUGGAUUUGGUGGCGGAGGAUUUGACGGAGGAUUUGGUGGUGGGGGUUUCUUUUAA